AUGUAUAUUAAUGCAUGUAUAGUUUAUGAUGUUGCAUCAAAAACCUUUUUAGGAAAUGUCACUUUGCCAGAUCAUGAAGGUGUGGCCAAUCAUGGACUGGUAUUUAUGUUAGGUGGCAUUUCAAGUCGCUGGAAACAAACCGUAGCAUAUUAUUUUACUAGUGAUUCUGUCAGAGGUCAUACUUUUAAGGCAAUUAUAGAUGAGAUAAUUUCAAGAGCUGAAUCACUGGGCCACCAUGUUCAUUCUAUAACAUCGGAUAUGGGAGCUUCUAAUAAAUCUAUAUGGAUGAGUUAUGGAGUUCACUGUAAAUCUAAUAGAAAUGUGAAAAAUAUUAUUUCACACCCAUUUGAACCAGAACGUAAUUUGUAUUUUAUGGCAGAUGUUCCACAUUUAUUGAAAAACAUCAAGCAAUCGUUAUUUAACAACAAAUUUAUAACAAUACCUGAUGAUGUUAUGAUAAAUAAUAAUUUAACUUCAAAUAUUGUUGAUUGUAAACAUAUAGAGCAACUUGCAAACCAUCAGGAUGACCUAGAGCUGAAACUAGUCCAUAAAAUCAAUGUGAAUGAUUUUAAGAAACCUAAUCAUUUUGAUAAAAUGAAAGUCUCUAAAUCAAAAAAUAUUUAA